AUGGCGAUGACCCAGCAAGCAUUUGGCAAUGGCCUCAGAUCCGGACUGCAGUGGGUUCUCUUGCAACAGGACAGGCCCCCUGCGCCACACGAUGCUGAAGCGCUGAUAACCCUCUUGCCACUGGAGGCCCCGCAUGUCAGUGCUCAGACUGCGGCUGGGCAAGCCUUCUUUGGCGGGGCUUACUGCAAAGGGGGAGUUGUUGGCCUUCGUAGGUCCUGCCGCGAAUUCCCGGCCACCCUUCGGGUCCUCUGCACUUUGCUCCGCCAUGCUUUUCCAGGCCAGAUCUUCUCUUCUGUUGCGGUCUUUGUGGAUGCCGCCACACAGAUGCAUCGGGAUUCACAUAAUGCCCCCUAUCCAAAUCUUCUGCUCGCACUUUCGACGUUCUCCAAUGGCCAGGUUUGGCAGCAGGAUCAGAAUGGGGAUGUCUGGCGCACGGUGCAUGGGACGCCAUGUCCGGGGAUCCUCUUGGAUGUCGCUCAGGCACCACAGCUUCUGCGAGCUUGGGAGCGCUUUCAUCAGACUGAACCCUGGUCUGGAGGUUCUCGGGUGGUGCUCGUUGGCUACUGCGUCCGCCAACUGCAGGCUCUUGAUGUGAGCUCGCUGUCCUUGCUUUCGCAAUUGGGCUUUCUGCUCCCGCCGUCAGUCACUGCUGGCGUUGCCCGGGGUGAUACAGCAGUGACCUUAGCGGAGCCCUCGGGUCCUGUCGCCGAUGCGGGGACGCCCCUUGCAUCUAAGGAGGCAGAGGAAGAGAGUGAUGUCUUCGAUCAGGCCACGAGUCGUUGUUUUGGUCAGCCCAUUAAUUGCCGCAAUCACCCGAAAGGGCGCAUGUUUGUUGAUGGGUUCGGCUUGUGCUCUCCGGGGCGCUGGCGUCCGGAACAGCGAGGCAUGCUCUCAAGUCGAGAGGAGUGGCAGCAUGCUGAGCGGGUGCAAAGGGCGAUCCGGAACUUUGUGCUAGAGGAGGUUGGUGACUUGCGCAAGGCUGCUUUGCAACUGGCUGUCGGAAGGAUGAAGUCGUCCCCCUUUAGUGAACAGGGCGUGCAGCGUUUGAGGCAGCAGGUUGCAAGCAUGCUGCCAGACCCGGAUCUGGCUUUGCAGGUCCCAGAGCGCCAGCCUUUCUUGUUGCACUUGUUGUCGCAGUCCUUGAAGUUGCUGGGCGAUCCAGAUUGGGCAUGUCUCACACAAGGGGAGGAGUGCUUUGCGACGGGCGUGCCACUGGGUGACGAGGUCCCUUUGCCGCGUACGCCGCAGGUGUACCGGGAGCGUGUGAAGGAGCGGACCUUGGAUGUCACCCCUUUCCAGCAGAUCAUGAAUAACUAUGAGUCUGCGGAGCUUUCAGCCGAUAAGCUUGAAGAACAUUUUGCUGCGGAAGAGCGGGCCGGUCGCAUGAUCCCGAGCACGGAACCUGCCCUGCGGGCAGAGUAUGGUGACACGUUGCUGGUGGCAUCGAUGGGUGCCUUACUUAAACCGAAUGGCGACAUCCGUCCGCUGCACGACGGGACUCAUGGCAUUGGUUUGAACAAUCGUAUCAAGAUACUCGAUCGCUUGGAAAUGCCGGGGCCGGAUGAAAUCCUUGAGACGGUGGCUUUGGGGCAGGAAUCUAAAGAGGCAGUGUUCUGCAUUUCUGCAGAUAUCGCUCAGGCUCACCGCUUGACCAAAAUCCGCCGUGCCGAUUGGGCCAAGCUUGGAUGCAAGGCACGCAGUGAGGCGCGUACGGUUUGGGUAAAUACCGUCGGCACGUUUGGGAUUUCCUCUGCGGCCUAUCACUGGUCCCGCUUGUUCGGCUGCAUAGGCCGUUGGGUGCACAGGGUCAUGCUGACCGUUUGGCAGAUGCAAGUCGUGUUUGCGGAUGAUCUUCACCUCUUGACUGCUGGACAACACAAAUUCCUCACGAUGUGGAUGUGCCUGGCUGCCUACGAGUUGGUUGGCACGCCGUUUGCCUAUCGUAAGUUUCGGGGCGGUACUGUUGUGGAUUUUGUGGGAUAUGAAAUCUCAUACACUGACUGGAGGGCUGGCAUCUCCGAGCGGAGGUGCUCGUGGCUGGUCAAGUGGAUUCUGGAAGCCGAGCAGGCUGAUUGGAUCGUGGUGGGGCGGUCGGUGAUCGAGCUCGCUGGGAGGCUGUCCUUUGUGGCUCGCUUGCUGACUUGGAUAAAGCCAUUCUUGUCCCCCUUGCACUCAUGGUGCGCUGUCCUCGCCCGAGGCACGGCGGUUCGAAUGCGGGUGGGCGCUCCUUGGAACGCUCUGCCACUACGUGGGCACUAUGUGCCUGGAUUCACUCGUUUCACCAGGGGUGACUCGCCCGGAUCAACGUGCUGGGUGAUGCAUCCUGCUGCUGAUAUGCAUGGGUCCGCUGGCCUGGUUGUCUUGGUGCAUAGCUCACUGGCUCCUCUUUCAGAAAUUCGCAGCACUUCCAUUGUUCCAGGGCAUUUGCAGCAUGUCAUGAUCCCGUGGCAGAGAUCCAGAAUACAUCUCCUGAACCUGUACCAGCACGUCUGGGAUUCAAAGCUCUCGAAGACGGAAAACAGAGGCAGGAGAAAGGACGUGAUGACACAGCUCGAAAAUCGAAUUCAGAGAGUCCCACAACGUGACUUCUUGAUUGUGGCUGGGGAUUUCAAUGCGCAUGCGGUGACUGAACGUCCUCAUAUCGGACCAAGUGUGCCUCAUCGAGUACGGUUUGCAAAUGCGGAUGUGAAGACACUGCCCUCGCUCUGCAAAUCCUGUGGACUAACUGCGCUGAACACAUGGGCUUCUGGCCAUCGCAGUACGUAUGCUAACAGUGAUGGCACAUAUUCCUCUCAGAUCGAUUUUUUGCUGGUCAGACUGCACGAUGCUCGGAGGAGAUCCAAGGAGGCCUACUCGGAUAAGAACUUUCCUGUGGCUGCCUACAGAGAUGGAUCAAAACACUUUCCAGUGCGAGCCACUCUGUUCAUUCCUCCUUACAGUCCUACACCCAGCAAGCCACGGCCGUUUGAUGCCACAGCCCUGGAUGCGAGCUUUCGGCGGAAAGAUGACAACUGGCAGGCAUACUCACAUCGUCUGACGGAAGCAGUGGUGAGGACAAUGCAAGUGAGACCGUCUUGGCAAGAACUGGAUGAAGUGAUGGUUAGUGUAUCAGCUGAGCACUAUCCUCCUCCACGCAAGUCUCAGCCAGUAGCAGGUCCUAUUCAUCAGGAAUACUGGAAGAAAGUGCGGCAAAUCCAGGCGCACAAGAGGGCUGGAACCGAGCAUAAUUCAGAAUGCCAGAAGCUUGUGGAGGACAUCAAGGAGGAGGAAACUUGCUCCGUGGCGCCCAGUGCAGAGAGUCAACCUAAGGGAUCAAGCAGGUGA